AUGUCACCGGGUCGCACCCAUCAGGAAUCGGUCGAAGAAGCUGUUUUCAAGUACGUCGGCGUCGACCUGCAGGGCGGGAAACACGGCGACGAAACUGAAAACGCAAACGAUAAUUUCCAUAGAAAUGAGUCCCCUGCUGUGCAACAUCCUCACCGUCGUCUGAACCAACAGCAGCGACAAAACAGCGCUCAUGCUGUCGAGCAAGGUAUUAUGGGCACGUCUGCAGGCUCAGGUAAGAAAUAUCAUCAUACACGUAUCGAUCAGCUUCUUGCUCGUGAUGCUCAAAAUGCCAAGAAUGCCGCAGUGGCUGCAAAUGCCAUGCUAGCGGCUAACGCUGCACAUGCCGAAAAUUCGGGUUCUGCCGGUGCUGCCAGCUCUCCUGGAACCAUUCCUGCAGGAUCUUCCACAGCUGCAGAUGUGGAAUGGUUUCUGCGGCAUGAAUUGGAUCCUGAGUCGCCCGCAGCAGCAGAAUUAGACGUGCGUGAGACAAGAGAGCCGCAAUCGGUGGCCGCUGCUGCGGUUGCUGCUGCAUUUGGUUCUUCCGAAACCGCUAACUUGGGAAACAGCAAUGGUAAUGCUAUUGACCGCAAGAGAUCUCACAUGUCGGAUUCUGGAAAGACGGGCGCAAUAGGCUCACUCGUCGGAUCUCACUCCGGCGUCAAAAGGCACCAACCUUCUUCUGAGCCACGAAGCUCUUCACGUGGGAUGCUUCGUCAGUCUUCGAAAAUGCCCCAUCUAGGCGCUGUUGAUCCGGAGCUAGCUUCUCUUGACGACCCAGAGGAUGUUACGGAGCACGAACAGUUGGUACGCAAAGCUAUACUCGACGCCGACUCGAUAGCUCACCAUCCGGAUUUUCAGCACUACUUGAAUACGGAGGACGAACCAGAGGACAAAUCGCGUCUUUCAGCUGAUCUCCACCACUCUGAAGCUCACGCUUUUGGACGAAAGGUUGAAGUACUACCCAAAGUAUCCGGAGAUGAAAUUGUCAUGGGCGGCCAUAGAAGUUCGCUUAAUGCAUCGAACUCGAGAUCGCAGACGGGAGCAAGCACUAAUCAUGGUGACAUGAUGGGCGGCAACGGACACGGAAUGUCUAGAAGCUCAUCUGCUGUGGGUGCAGCUGCGAGCGAUCAGGACAUAUCUCAUUUAAUUCAAGAUGCGGCAACCAAAGCAUCGAACUUCAUUAGUCCUCAAAGUCAGUCAACUGGAAAAUCUUUUGAUGCUGCAGAAGAGCAGGCUCUAGAACAUUUUGUCGGUGACUAUCAAGCUAUCAAAAACUUAUCGCGUCGCCAGAUUUGCGAGCGCAUAUGGUCUAAUGAGCGUCGAAAGGAUGACUUUUGGACGAACAUCUGUAAAGUCCUGCCUUAUAGAACGCGGUCCUCGAUUUACAAACACGUUCGUCGUAAAUACCACAUCUUUGAGCAACGCGGUAAGUGGACACCAGAGGAAGAACGAGAACUGGCCGCAUUGUGUCUUGAAAAGGAGGGACAAUGGUCCGAGAUUGGUAAAAUUUUAGGAAGGAUGCCAGAGGAUUGCCGAGAUCGCUGGAGAAAUUACGUGAAAUGCGGAAAUAAUCGGGCAUCCAACAAAUGGUCACCACAAGAGGAAGAGCAGCUGAAGGUCGUCAUUUCAGAGCUUUCAGAAACCGCAGAUUCACCUGAGGAUCACCUGUAUGAUCCUAUGGAUGACACGCAGAUCGAAGGCAAAGAAAAAAGAAACACCAAGAAGAAAGACUCCGGUUCUCGAGAUCUCAUCAACUGGACGGUCGUCAGUGAACGUAUGGGAGGAACACGGUCGCGCAUUCAGUGCCGCUAUAAAUGGAACAAGCUCUUGAAAAAACAGGCCAUGAACAAGAUCAAAACUAUUAGUGAAGAAGACAAACUGUGGAUUUUAGAGAAGCUUAGAGACAUGGGUUUCACGGAAGAUCUACAAGUGGAUUGGGACGAGCUUGCCAGGUUGAUGCCCGGAAAGCUUUGGUCCGGCACCGAGUUGAAACUCUGCUAUGAAAAAUUGAGAACAGGGGUGAAGUAUCAUAAGGACCGGACGAUCAAUCAGAUUUGUAAGGAAUUAAUUGGGAUUCGCGAUGAGGGAUUGCCGUUGGAAGCCGGUAAUAUUCUAAGUUCAAAGCGUUAG